GCCACAGACAUGGCGGCGUCGGUAGUGCGCCGUGGUUUCUGAGCGCCUGAGCGCAAAUAAAGCGCCUGUUCUUCUCCCUGAAGCUCCUCCUCUGGUCUGCUGGGCUGAGAUAAAGGCUGACGCGGGGUCUGACGAGGAGACACAGCGCUGGGCUCCGGAGGAGAGAUGUCCACUUCGGAAAGGAGGUGACAUUGGCGGUGACACUGAGCUCAGAGCUCCAGCUGGAGGAGAAACGGAGGUGUUCUCCGUCAGAAGAAGUCCUGCAGGACUCGGUGAACGGUCAUGGCACACCUGCGCACCUGCAUCACGAAGAUGGCUGUGUGGUCACGACUCGCUUGUCUUGGCUCGGUAAGCAGAGGACAUCGUACUUUGAGCAUCUUCUCCAGCUCUUCUCCCUCAAAUUGGACCAAAGUGGUGUCAGAUGCAGAGAAGAUUGUAGGAUAUCCCACAUCAUUCAUGAGCCUCCGCUGCCUUCUCAGCGAUGAACUCAGCAACGUAGCCAUGCAUGUGAGGAAGCUGGUCGGGACAAAGCACCCCUUACUGAACACUGCCAGGGGUUUUGUGUAUGACAGUAAACAUAACCUGCAGAUGCGAGGUCUGGUCGUGUUGUUGAUGUCGAAGGCCGCAGGGCCGAGCAGCACAACGCCUGAUGCCCUCCUGCCGGACAUGGUCAGCGGCAUCUACCCCAGUCAGCGUAACCUGGCUGAGAUCACAGAGCUGAUCCACACAGCAUUCCUGGUGCAUCGUGGGAUUGUGAAUCUGAAGGACUGGACGUUUUCAGACGGGCCGCUCAAGGAAAUGCAGUUUGGGAACAAAAUGGCCAUCCUGAGUGGAGACUUCCUGCUGGCGAACGCCUGCACGGGAUUGGCUCAGCUCAACAACACCAAGGUGGUGGAGCUGAUCUCCAGCGCCAUCGGAGACCUGGUGCAGGGCGUCUACCACGAGAACUCCAGCUCCACUGAGGAAGGAAGUCUGUCUCUUGCUUCGUGGGAGGACCAGACGUUUCUUUCCCAUGGUGCACUGCUGGCGAAGAGUUGCCAGGCAGCGAUGGAGCUGGCCAGGCAUAACACCGAGGCCCAAAUGUUGGCCUACCAAUACGGGAAACACCUCGCUCUCGGACACACGCUGAAUUUAGACCUGCAGCCGUUCCUGAAGAGCAGUUCUGACCCGACUGUGUUCAGUCUGGAGUCGGCUCCUGUAGUGUUUCACCGGCUGAUCGUCGGGCCUGAGCGAUGGCUCCACCAGUUACAGCAGAGCCAAAGUACGACAAAGCAGACUGAUUAUUCAAAGCUCCAGCGUCUGAUCAAAACGGAGCAAGGUGUGAGUCAAGCCGCCGACCUCUGCAGUUACCACGGCAACAAAGCCCUGGAAGCCAUCCGCCUUUUCCCGCCGUCUGAGGCUCGAUCAGCUCUGGAGAACAUCGCCAGCGCCGUCAUGAAAUUCUGAAAAUCUCCUCCGGAGCCGGAACCCGAAUAUAGGACCAGAACUUUUACGCCGGGUUCAGCCGAUCACUGCAUUUCAGACUCAGCUCAGUUGGCUUGUCCAGGCUGCGCCCAUAAAGACAUUCUUUCCUAGCUACUGUUAAGAGGUUGUACAAGCUUUACAGAACUUGAACAGAAACCUUAUUUAACUUGGUAAGAAACUGUAGGACACAGCAAGUGCUUGUCUUCAUUAAAUGUUUAAUGCCUUCAUUAAACAAUUCAUAAUUUCUUACA